GAUGCGGCCGAAAGUUGCUGAAUGUGAGAAGAACGGACGUAUCUUGCUGUCGCGCUCAGUCCAAGUCGUGCUGAGCCGAGUUUAGCCGAAAGCGGAGUGCUUAGAGUGCUCGGACUCCAAUGUACAUCACUGCUCUCCAGCUCUUCUCAGCAUUGUCCAACACAGUCGUUGACGACGUUGACGACGUUGAAGUGCGUAAGAGCGUAUACCUUGUGUGAUGUGACAUGCUAAAGUAGCCUGGACGAGCUUGUCCUCGUGGAAACGAUGCGUAACGGAUUGGCGGGCUAGCUGCUAGAGUCGACUGCAGUCCUUCUCUGUCCCCUCCGUCUUGGGUGAGGGAACAGGCGGACAACAGACGGAAAGUGAAACGGAUGGCGAGUGGGGCUUAGCGCGCAGUAUGGGAAUAAUCGGUCGUACGGUGGCACGUAGUGGUGCUCCGAUCUGUGAUGGAGUCUAUGAGGAAGUAACGACGGCCCUCAGGUCGUUUGGGGUACAACACGAUGGUAUAGUCUUUGCAGGUGAUUUCACAUCGUGAAAAAAAAAGAAGAGAAAAAGAGAGAGAAGAGUGACCAGAGCAAGUAUUCGUCAUGUUCCACUAUCUGCAUCUCAGGAGUCGUUUUCUACAGACCCUCAUCCUCGCACUGAUCGGCCUGACCUUCUACGCAUAUUACCGUACCACCAUGUAUGAUGUUCGCCAGUACAGCUUACCACGAAACACCAAUUAUUCUGCAUACCAAGAUGGCCUUCAUGUUCACACGAAUCUCAGCCAAUCUAAAAACUCUAGCUCAGACAGCAUGUCUGUAAGCCCAUACGUAGCGCACAACUCUAGCAACAGCUCCUUGAUUUUCACUACGUUGUCAACGUCCUCCAGCGUACAAUCUUUGUCCUCGUUGUCUUCCGUGAGCACGUUGAUCAACUCGAAGCAGAAGGUGAACGAGAAGCUUGAGAUGGCAAGAGUUACCAAUGUGACUAACAAUAAGUCGGCGCCAAUCGUAGUUCGCAACGAUUCGGCACGCGCCAUAUACGAGGCUGGACACAUCGUAUCGAUCCCUGAGCGUUGCCCGAAUCUCGGCAAGGACAUGGAUUUAGUGAUGAUUGUGAUGUCCGCGCCGACCCAUCUAGAGGCGCGGACUGCGAUUCGGCAGACCUGGGGACACUUUGGCCAGCGCAGUGAUAUGAGUGUGCUCUUCAUGCUCGGUACCACUCUUGAUCCAAGAGUAGAGACGAUCCUGCGUAAGGAACAAAACAUGUACAACGACGUGAUACGUGGUCGUUUCCUUGACUCCUAUUCGAAUCUCACUCUCAAAACCAUUUCAACAUUGGAGUGGGUAGACACCUAUUGUUCUAAGGUGAAAUAUCUGCUAAAAACCGAUGAUGACAUGUUCAUCAAUGUACCGCGACUGUUAGCGUUCGUGUAUAAACACGUAAAAGACCGUAACGUGAUAUUCGGUCGACUGGCUAGAAAGUGGAAGCCAAUCCGGAACCGCAAGAGCAAGUAUUAUGUGUCACAGGCACAAUUCCAGCAGUCUGUGUUUCCAGACUUUACCACUGGUCCGGCAUACCUGUUGUCGAGCGAUACGGUGCGCCGUUUGUACGAUGCCGCCCUAGACCAGACAUAUCUAAAGCUCGAGGAUGUAUUCACAACGGGCAUCGUCGCGCACAGGCUCGGCAUCAAGCGCUCGCACGCCAACGAAUUUCUGAAUAAACGGAUACAAUACACGGCCUGCAACAUCCAACGCGGCAUUAGUAUACACAUGGUCAAGUACAGUGAGCAGUUCGACCUCUGGAAAAAGCUGCUUGACGGUAAGAGUAAGUGUAAGUGAUAACCAGCAAGGUUGAAAGUGACGAAGGUCCUACGCUUGACCCUGGUGAACCAAGUGCGAUCGUUACCGCCUUAAUGCAAUUCGAGUGCCGGUUACACGCCGACCGGCUGACGCGAUACCAACCGUUUCACUGAUGACCUCACACACGUACACAUAUAGCCGCGUGCGCACACAUAUACAUAUAUGCAUUCGGUUCAAGUGCGAGUAAGAGGCAGGCACAUAUGGAGAUUGAGAAAUAGUGUACCGCAAAACGGCGUAGAGAAUUUUGCCGCUUAAAUUUUUACACGAUCACGUCGUCAAAUUAGGCUUUUCUUUACAGAGGUCGAAUGAAAGUGAUAAUUUUUAUCCCUGGAGGAGAAUCUCCGGACCUG